AUGGCGGACGCGAAGAAGCCAGACGACGGUUUACGUAAGUUAAUGUUAGUCUAAUGUCGGAUUUUUAAGUUUAGAAAGCUGAACUAAAAUCUGUGUUUUUAAGCUUAAUUUUGAAGCUUAAAAUCUGAUUUUGAAGCUUUAUUUUUAGGACUAAAAUUCGAUUUUUAAGCUUUAUUUUGAGGCUUAAAAUUCCAUUUUAAGCCAAGUUUUUUGGUCUUUAAAACUAAUAUUUAAGUCUAAUUCUUAAAGCUAAUGAUACCACUUUUUUUUCAGCGGGCCCCCUUGCAAACAAACCCAAUGAACCAGAGUUUAGGCUGAAGCUGGAGCCCUUGAAAGCUGUCGACUUCAAAAGCGACAAACUUCUUAAUGAAGCCACCCAUUGUGAAUGGACCGUCACCAACAACACGGGCAAGCGACAGGCCUUCAAGGUAAGUUUUUUUGAUGAUUGCAAGAACUUUCUUUACAAAUUGAUUUUUCAAAAACAGCAAGAACUUUGUUUACAUUUUUUUUGAAAACUGCAAGAACUUUUUUUGCAAAUUGAUUUUUAAAAAUUGCAAGAACUUUGUUUACAACCCCCAUUCUUGCAGGUCAAAUGCACAUCAAACGAGGCGUUCCGCGUCCGCCCACCACUGGGCUACAUUGAUGACAAACAGUCGAUGAAGAUCCGCGUGACCAGCCUGCUGAAGGAGAUCCCACCGACUGGUCGACACUUUUUUGCCGUUUACCAUAUGCCGUCGGACGAGAAGAAACCGCCGCGCACGGUUUGGGCGCCACAAUCCAAGCCGGACGGUGUGCUUCGACUACCGUGCGUCUUCCACAAGACGGACGGAAGCGAGUGGAAGGUGGGCGAGAAAGGACCUGGCGCCGGUCCCACCCAGUCCAUGAUGCAAACCCCAGCCACGCCGAAAAAGGAGGAGGCAAAGAAAGAGGAGAAGAAGGAAGAGAAGAAGGAAGAAAAGAAGGAAGAGAAGAAAGAAGAGAAGAAAGAAGAAGGUAAGAAAGACGAAAAGAAAGAGGAAAAGAAAGAAGAGAAGAAAGAAGAUAAAAAGGAAGGAAAGAAAGAAGAAAAGAAGGAAGAGAAGAAGGAGGAAAAGAAGGAGGAAAAGAAGGAGGAAAAGAAGGAAGAAAAGAAAGAGGAGAAGAAAGAAGAAAAGAAGGAAGAAAAGAAGGAUGAAAAGAAAGAUGAGAAGAAGGAAGAGAAGAAAGAUGAGAAGAAAGAGGAAAAGAAGUAG